AUUGAGCACGGGGCUUGGCUCGCAUCCAGUGCCUGGAGGUUCUCCAUUGACCAAAAAUCCGCAGCCGAAUUUUUAUUCGAGGCUUUGCGGGGAAUGUAGGGGAGGAAACCCUGGUCGAGUUCAACUUCCACGCUGUUGAGAAACUUCUCUUGUCAGGUGAGACGAGGGUGAAGACUUCCGCAACAUGGACUGCUUUUAUGACCAACAAGUCCCCUUUGUGGUACCAGAGAGUAAAUGCCAAACAGACCGAUGCCUCGGAGACCGGAAAAGGAAGUUCUUGGAUGCUGGCUUGGAUCAAGACACAGAGGACCUUUUCCAAGAUCUGAGCCAGCUUCAGGAAAUUUGGAUUGCAGAAGCUCAGGUUCCUGACGAUGAGCAGUUUGUCCCAGAUUUCCAGUCCAGUAACUUGAUAUUUCAAGGGCCGCCGGUUAGCAAAGUGAAGCGAGAGUUGAGCCCGUCCAAAGAUGUGUCCCCCUGCAGGACGCCGCACGCAGAUGUGUGCCUUAACAGCUACAGUGCCUGUGACAGGAAAGCAGCUCAGUUCACGGUGCCCUUGCAAAGGCGGGUUACUGGCUGUCCCGCAAACCAGGUGUCCACCCCAAACCCCACCCACCACCACAGCUUGCCACAGCAGCAUGCCAAUCAGAACCAGCCGUUUGCUUUGCCACAUCAUCCUAUCCACUGCCCCGCUGGAGCCUUUGGUUCUGAACAGAGGUUUCAGAGACAUAUGUCUGAACCGUGUUUGUCCUUUCUACCGCCGAAAAAAAUGGACAACGUGCCCUACCCACACUCAAGCCACGUUAGCCGCCCGUUGUACCAGCGGCAUCUGUCAGAACCUCUGGCUCCACUCAGUGGCCGAGCCGUUUGCAAACAGGAGCUGGUGGACCCACGCUACCCGGAGGCGGUACCCUGCGGUCUGAGCGGGUCCAACUUCAACCAUGUCACCAUCAAACAAGAGCCGCGGGACUUCAGCUUUGACACAGAAGUCCAAACCUGCCAGUCAUCAUCCUUUGGCAAAACGUCAGGCGUGUACCACAACAGUAGCACAGGAUUUGCUCGUGACUCAGAGGCACACUUUUACUACGAUGAUGCUUGCGUUGUUCCAGACAGACUGGAGGGUAAAGUCAAGCAGGACGUUUUGCCAUACCAGCGCCGCGGCUCCCUGCAGCUCUGGCAGUUUCUCCUGACACUGCUGGACGACCCGGCCAACACGCAUCUGAUUGUGUGGACGGGGCGCAACAUGGAGUUCAAACUCAUUGACCCCGAAGAGGUGGCCCGGCUCUGGGGCAUCCAGAAGAAUCGACCCGCCAUGAACUAUGACAAGCUGAGCCGCUCACUGAGGUACUACUACGAGAAGGGCAUCAUGCAGAAGGUUGCCGGGGAAAGGUACGUCUACAAGUUUGUGUGCAACCCCCAGGCGCUCUUCUCCUUGGCGUUCCCAGACAACCAGAGGCCCAGCCUGAAGCCCGACCCAGAUGCCCCCCUACCGGCUGCUGAGGAGGACGGGCUGCCCCUGCCCUCCUACGAGGAGGAGGGUCCUUACUUGGCGGACGGGAGCGAGCAGUGCAUUCAGAGACUGGCCUUCCCCGACAGCUGCCUGUACUAAACCACGGUCUCCGGUAUCAGAUCAUGAUGAGGCGUUUAAACUCUAUAAACUACCUUCACUCUGGUAUGGCUUUGUCUGUUUUAAACCUCUCCCUCACAGUAUUUCAGUCAUAUUUCUGCAAACAACAAUCAGAUCAUUUGUACCGGACUCACAUCACUCACAAAUAUCUCUGAACACUUUUAUUAUGAAAAGCCGGCAAGGGGAAGUGCUCAAAUUCAACCAAAAACAAUCUCUCCAAGCCAUGCAACUCUAACUUGCCUGAAAGGGACUCUCAUAUUUUUCAGAUGUCCUCUUAUAAACACGUAUAUUGGAAUGUCUUUUUUUUGUGUUUUCAAAGCUAAUAUUUUUGGCAUUAUAUGGACUUGUAUGUUUUUUUUGUUCCUUGAACUGUUUUAUGACAAAAAGUACUGCUACUAUUUUUGAUUCACUCCUAGCAUGACGAUUUCUUACAACCAACUGUGUCAAGGUACUUUUCUGCAUUUUGUAAAGUAGAGUCGCUUCAGUGUGUAGAAACGCUGUAUAGUUAUACUGUAUAUGAAUAUAUUUUUCCAAACGGCAGUGAUUUGCGUAAUGUGUCAGCGACAGAGCGACCUCGUGCUUUACUGAUUACACAUGGAUGUUUUGUUCUGUGAUCAAUGGAGGAAAGUAUUGACCUUCACAUGCUAUACGUGUGCCUUCCGUUAAUCUUCACUGAUACAAUAAAACUAUUUUACUCUAA